CAUUUGGUCAGUUGGCCUGGUCUUAAACUAACCUUAAACUAAGCGAAUACAGGAAGAAGAAGAAGAAACGUCGUACGACAAUCCCAUUUGUCGAAUUCCAUAGUGUAGGUAGAAUCAGAUCCCUCCCAUCCGCUGCUGUUGAUUCUCUCUUUAUCAAUUUCGUAUACAAUCCUUUCAUACAAAGAAAAACGAUUUGCUUCAUUUUACUCAUCUUAAUUGCCACGGGAUUGAACUAGAGACGGGUUCCCGGCUGUUUUACACACAGAAAUCGUAGAAGAUGAGGCUGUUGAAGGUGGCUACUUGUAAUUUGAAUCAAUGGGCAAUGGAUUUUGACUGCAACUUAAAAAAUAUCAAGGAAUCCAUUUCUAGGGCUAAAGAAGCAGGGGCAGUCAUUAGACUUGGCCCAGAGCUCGAAAUUACUGGAUACGGCUGCGAAGAUCACUUCUUAGAACUCGACACCGUUUCACACGCAUGGGACUGCUUGGAUGAUAUUCUGCUGGGUGACUGGACAGAUGGUAUACUAUGUAGCUUUGGCAUGCCUGUUAUUAGAGGAUCAGAACGUUAUAAUUGUCAAGUGCUUUGUCUAAACAGAAAAAUUAUAAUGAUUCGUCCGAAAAUGUGGCUUGCAAAUGAUGGAAACUACAGGGAGCUUCGCUGGUUUACAGCGUGGAAGCGCAAGGAGCUCGUGGAAUUUCAUCUCCCAAGUGGAAUUGCCGAAUCAUUAUCCCAGGAAACAGUGCCUUUUGGUUAUGGAUAUAUCCAGUUUUUAGAUACAGCGGUUGCAGCAGAAGUUUGUGAAGAGCUUUUCACCUCUAGUCCACCACAUGCUGAACUUGCAUUGAACGGAGUUGAGGUAUUUAUGAAUGCUAGUGGAAGUCACCAUCAACUAAGGAAGCUUGAUCUUCGCCUUCGUGCUUUUAUAGAUGCUACACAUACUAGAGGGGGAGUGUACAUGUAUAGCAAUCAACAAGGGUGUGAUGGUGGACGCCUUUACUAUGAUGGGUGUUGUUGUGUAGUUGUGAACGGUGAUGUUGUUGCUCAAGGCUCACAAUUCUCUUUGAAAGAUGUUGAGGUGGCAAUAGCUGAAAUUGAUCUUGAUGCGGUUUCUAGUCUUCGAGGAUCUAUAAGUAGCUUCCAAGAGCAAGCAAGUGACAAACCUCACAUUUCAUCUGUAGUGGUUCAUCACAAGCUUUGUCAGUCUUUUAACCUGAGAGCGUCCCUUUCAAGUCCACUGAAGAUAAAAUAUCAUACUCCUGAGGAGGAAAUUGCCUUUGGACCUGGUUGUUGGCUCUGGGAUUAUCUAAGAAGAAGUGGAGCAUCAGGGUUUCUUCUUCCCCUUUCUGGUGGGGCUGAUAGCUCCUCUGUUGCAGCUAUUGUCGGCUACAUGUGCCAGAUUGUGGUUACAGAUAUUAAGAACGGAGAUGAACAAGUCAAAGCAGAUGCUAUACGAAUUGGUAAUUAUCGUGAUGGACAGUUCCCUACUGAUAGCAAGGAAUUUGCAAAACGUGUAUUUUACACUGUUUUCAUGGGAUCAGAAAAUAGUUCUGAUGCCACAAGGACACGAGCAAAGGUGCUAGCUGAGGAAAUUGGGUCGUGGCAUCUUGAUGUUGCUAUAGAUAGUGUUGUUUCAUCUUUUCUCUCUAUGUUUGAAAUACUUACAGGAAGUCGACCGCGUUAUAAGAUAGAUGGCGGGUCUAACACUGAAAACUUGGCAUUACAAAAUAUUCAAGCCAGAAUUAGGAUGGUGCUGGCUUUCAUGUUAGCUUCACUUCUCCCUUGGGUUCACAAGAAACCUGGUUUUUAUCUGGUAUUAGGCAGCUCCAAUGUUGACGAAGGUUUACGUGGUUACCUAACUAAGUAUGAUUGUAGUUCUGCAGAUAUAAAUCCAAUUGGAAGUAUUAGCAAACAGGAUCUUCGUAGUUUUCUGCGAUGGGCUGCGGUUCAUCUUGGCUAUUCAUCCUUAGCAGAAAUUGAAGCUGCUCCUCCAACUGCUGAACUUGAGCCCAUCCGCUCCAACUACAGCCAGCUUGAUGAAGUGGACAUGGGAAUGACAUAUGAAGAGCUUUCAGUCUAUGGAAGGUUGAGAAAGAUUUUCCGAUGUGGACCUGUAUCGAUGUUCAAGAAUCUAUGUUUCAAAUGGGGUUCGAGAUUGUCUCCAGCUGAAGUGUCGGAAAAAGUGAAACAUUUCUACAAGUACUACUCCAUAAAUAGACAUAAAAUGACUGUGCUCACUCCCUCUUAUCAUGCUGAGAGUUAUUCACCGGAGGAUAACCGGUUUGAUCUUCGCCAGUUUCUUUACAACGCUAGAUGGCCUUACCAAUUCCGCAAGAUUGAUCAACUCGUGUCUGAGCUUGAAUCAACGGAUCAGGACAAGGCCCCCGGAAUUACAGAAGAUGGCGGAAUGGGUGUUGUAGCAGCCAACUCUGAUGAUCCAAAAGCUGGUCUUUAAGAGUUGAAGAUUUAGAUUUUUAAGAUUGAGGAGGAGGAGAUUGGUUGCCUUCAUUUAAAACAGUUUUCUCCAAAUUCUGAAUUUGAUGGUGGGGAUCAUAUUUAAGACUAAACUUUAAAUUUAUUUAAUAAAUUUGUAUACUGAAUUCAGAAAGUGCUUGAAUGAAUUAGUUACUAAUUCUGGUUCAGAUA